AUGGUCCGCCAGCGGGCGGCCCUGGAACUCAGCAAUGGGGAUGGACUCCACCAGCAUGGUAGAGUUGCCGAACUUCUUGGGCAGGUCCAGGUCUGGGUGCACCGUGAGCGGCCGAGCUUCCGGGUCGUCGCCGGCGCCGGCCGCCGAGGCCUUGGCGGCGGGGCUCUUGUACUGCCCAUAGAGCCCCGCGUACUCGAAGGCCCGCGGCGGGUUGAAGCCGUAGAGCGCGUAGCGGCGGAAGAGGCAGCCGGUGCCGACGUAGACGGGGCCCUGGAGGCCGUCGAGGGCGCGCAUGUUGCCGUCGAAGAAGACGGUGUUGUGGUUAGCGUAGCGGUCGGAGGGGUCGAUCCCUUCGAACCUCUGCGGGAACUGGAUGUAGCAGAUGCGGUCGCCGCCGCGGUCCAUCAUGAAGCACAUCCCCUCGCGGAUGGCCUGCGAGUUGUAGAUGUAGUGGUCGCAGUCGAGGUUGAGGAUGAAGGGCCCGUUGGAGAGGAUGGCGGAGGCCCGUACCAACGCGUUCAUGGCGCCGGCCUUCUUGUUAUGGUCGUACCCCGGCCGUUUCUCCCUUGA